AUUGUUGAAAUAAAAUAUCCAUAAAAAAAUGAUAAUAUUAAAAUUAUUCUUUCUUAUUGGAUAUUUUUAUUUAAUUAAAUCAAAAACCAUUUUUAUGCACAACUUAGCUUUGGGAGAAUACCGUACGGUAUCUGAGAAAAUAUAUUCAUGUCAAUCGACAAAUUUAAUUAAAUUCAACACUUAUUUCAGUAAAAGGACAUCAAAUAUAACAGAGAUGAAGGGAAAUUUCUCAGUGUCAAUACCUUUUGAUGAUAGUCUUUCACUUGAUAUAAACGCCGCUUCUUGGAGUUCAAUCGGUGGUUGGAUACCAAAUUCGAUGGUUUAUUUAUCAAAGAAUGCAUGUAGUAGUUUGAAAAAGUUCGCAGGAAACGCAUGGUAUUCAAUAAUUAAAGCUUUUAACAUGCCUACAACUAGCUGUCCAAUUCCUUCGGGUAUAUAUAUUACAUCAGGGAUGGAUUUAAAGGAACUAGAAGAACGUCAUAACUUUCCAAAGGUUUAUUUUUAUGGAAAAUAUAAAGUUACGUUCAAAAUAAAAAAUGUUGAAAAUAAAGUGAUUUUUUGCACCGUAUUAGAGUUGAGUCUUAUACGACCAUGGGAAAAACCAAUUUGAAGUUAUUCUACAAAAUAAUAAUUUAUUACGUUAUUCUCAUAGUAGUACUGAUUUUACCCAAGUAUUUUGAUUUAUUAUCAGAUAUCAAAUGGCGUAUGCAAUAAAUAUAUUUUUAUUCACUAAUUCACUAGAAAUAUUUAUAGAAAGUUCAUGUUUUAAAAAAUCAACUAAAUUAUA